AUGUAUCAUCCAUUCCCCAACAGACAAUCCAUUCAUUCCCUGACAAAUUAUCCAUCCAUUCCCCUCCUUCUCUCUUUUCUAACUCAGCUACACAUCCUCGCCGACGACUACUUCCAGUGGAGCAUACGUGGCAACGUGAAGAGACAGAUCUCCAGCAAACUCCUGCAGGCUCUGGGUCCCCUCAGUGUCUGGACCCCGGACAAAGUGGAGAUGCUGGGCACUUACAUCGCCUACCUGCCCCGCUCUACGCUCAAGAGUCAGCUCACUGCAGACUUUGUGCUCGUCAAUCUGCCGUUCAUCGAAACUAUCGAAGAGAUGGAUGAGGUGGAAGAGAAGGCCUUAGGAAUUGCAGCUUGGAACCUCGCAGACGCCAUGAUGAAUAACCCAUCAUUUGUCACUCCAGACGAGAAACGCAGAGCGCUGUGCAUGAUUGCGAAGUUUGCUCCGAGAAAAGCGAUAUUUGAUACUCUGUACACCCCGGACGAAAUCAAAGAGGGGCUGAAGGGCUGCAAACACUGGAACAUUAGUAAGGAAAACUCUGGCCGGGCGCUGUCCAACGUGUUCAGUAUGAACAACUUCACCUGGGACAACGACACCAUCAGCAUGAUGGCCGACUUCUCCCAGGCCAUCAGCACCACGACCUUUGACACCAUGGACGCGCACACGCUGCAGCACAACUGGGAUAGGAUGAGGGACUCCAACCUGUCUAUGCCCGUGCUCACAGAUGUGGACUGCCGUGAUAUUCACACCAUGGGCCGUAUGUUCUUUGCCCUGUCUGUGGCAGAAUUGAACCAGAUUCCUGACCCGGCCCUGGGUGAAUGCGGUGCCCACAUCGGCAUGAUGAUGGACGUGAUGUGUGACGAGACACCGAUGGUCUGCAACAAAAUUUGGGAGAAGGUGAAGAGACACAACAGCUCUCGUGGAGACUCUCUGGGCGGAGUCAUCACCUCCAUGGGGCCCGGCGUGCUCAGGUUCGUGCCUAGCGAUGACCUCCGUGACCUCUCCCUGGACGACCUGGGAGGGCUGGACAAUCUGAAGAACCUAGACCUGGACGCCGCUCAGUCGGAGGUGGUGAUGGAGAUCGUGGAGCGAGAGUUUGGAGCCGUGUCCAAGGACAACAUGAACUACACCGGCGCACAGGUCGAGAAACUGGGUCACGUCUUCUUCAAGGGCGCGUCUUCCGAGAGCUUGCAAGAACUUCCUGAGGGCAUGGAACUUAUGGAAACCCUUCCUAGCAUCGUUGCCAAUCUCGAGCACAUGAAUGAUAAAAAGAUCAAGGUCGUGUACGACAAACUGCACACCAUGUUCGGCAUGGACAAGGGUACAGAGGUCUGUCUGGACGAGUCUACGGUCAAGCAAGCAGCUGGAUUCUUCUCGCAGGCAACGCACGAUGACCUGAUGCAGCUUGACCGAGACACGAGAUUGUCUGUGCUGUCCGAGAUAGGCCAGAGUGGAGAUGUGGUCAAGACGAUGACCAGAGAAGGCAUCAAGGAACAUUUCAAAACUCUCAAAGAAGCUGAAAACCUGAACACGAGAGGCAGCUUCACGUCCAGCGACCUGGAGAAGUACGGGCCUCACAUCUUCUGUGGCAUGGACGCCACAGACGCGCAGAAGCUGAGCACCGCGGCUGUGGACAACUUCCUGCAGGAACUGGACGAGUGUGAGCAGCUGGACUCUGACACCAGGACCGUCAUCGCUCAGAAGGCGGUCAACUCAGCGAGUGGUCUGUCAGGCCUGGCCAACGAUCCCCAGAAGUUGGAGUCCAUGGGCACCCUCAUGCUGCAUGUGGAUAUGUCUGGAGCCGCUAACCUGCGCUCAGACCAGAAGGAGCGCCUGGGCUCGGUGGUGGGUGACGUGAUGGAGAGAGUGAACAAGAGAGAAAAACGCCUGGAGCAGCGCAGCAGUAGUGACAUUCCCAAGGCCGAGAAGACGGACGAGAAAAUGUUACAGAACAACAUGGCUAGGGCAUUGUGGGAUGUCGUGGCCGACACCAUCGACUGCCAGACCAUCCAGAGUUUCCAUGGCGACCUGAGCUUCCUGACCACCGCCGACCUAACCGUCAUAGAAGCAGACGUGGUGGUAGAGUGUCUCACCGAGUUCCAGAACACCGAUUGGGACCAGGAUCAGCUGGACACCCUCGGCUGGAAGAUCAAAACGCAAUUCGGCAACGACACCGGAAUGUGGGACAAGAAAACCAUCAUGGAAGCCGGCAAGAUUCUGGGCGGCCUUGACCCUGACGACAUCCAGAAAAUGACGCUAGACAAAGACAUCAUGGGGGUGUUGGGGCAGUUCCAGAUUGCAGACCCGGAGGCUAUGUUCCAGAAGUUCGCCCAGGACGAGGGACUUGGCAACAUGAGUGCUGUGGACGCCGACACGAUGAGGUCCUUCGGCUCUAUGCUGUGUGGGAUGUCUGCUGGCGAUAUGAUGGACCUGCAGUCUACUGUUGUGCUGGAAGUGGCCAAGGAUCUGUCUACCAUCGACUGUCUGACCAAAGACCAAGUGAAAGCUAUUGCUAGUCGACUGGAGGACGCUAUUCCAUCCAACCAGUGGAACCAAGUUAGUGUGGAGGAGAUGGGCGUCUUGGCAGGUGGUCUGGAGGCCGACAAGUUGGAGCAGCUAGACGACGACCAAGUGAGCGCCAUCUCUCCCAAAGCCAUCAAAGUGAUGAAGCCAGACACCUUCACAAAGGCUUUCAACGCCGACAAGAUGAGCAAGCUGACCCAGGACCAGGUGAGCGCCAUCAGCCCCAACAUGCUGAGGAAGAUGGACAUCGGUCAGCUGAUUGCCAUAGAGAGUGUGGCCAACGGCACCAGGGGCGUCAACGCUACACAGAUGGCAGCCAACCGCACUGCUUAUUUCCAUAUUGAAAUCCCCACCAACGUGUCUGUGAAGGAUCUGGGCACGUUCCAAGAAGUACGAAACCUGAGGAACGACACGGGCUGUCUGUCCGGCAUGUCCUUCGGGGGUCAAGCAGAUGACCUCCUGGACACUGUGGACAAACAGGACGCCUUUGCCCUCACCCUGCCGCCGGACCACGAGACUCUGUUUGAUCGACUCAGGGCUAGCCCAGACCACGAUGUGGGUAUCUUCACCACGUUUGAGAUGCGCAUGGUGCUGGAGUAUCUGAUGGACAACCUUGACCCUGCCGGCCGCGACACUUACCUUGACCUUUUGGCCCAGUUCCCGACCUUGACCAGGGAUGAGGUCAACCACACGGUCACCACAUGGCCACCGAGACUGCAUCUCUUGAUGAAGGUGUUCUCUUUCCUCCCGUACAUGGAGGACAUUCUCGAGGUUGCCAACAAAAAGUUCCUGAAGAUUUCUGCGUGGAAGGUCGCCAAGUACUUAAUCGCAAAUUCGGACACCGUGACAAGGGAAAUGAAACAAGAGGCUGUCUGUUUGGUGCUUGAGUUCUCCACUCACAAGAAGCUUUGGAAGAAAGUUUACAGCGCUAACGAUUUGUUCAGCUACAUGCCCGGCUGUGUGGCCUACGGGGUCUCGGAGAAGAGGAUCACUGAGGUGGUGAAAAAGGUCAUUAGGAGUAACGCCUUUGAGUGGAACCAGGAGGGUAUUGAGAUGAUCGCGCCCUUCAUCGCUGCGGUACCCAAAUCUCUCUUGAAAAACGUCAACGCUUCGUUGCUCUACGACAACUGGGGCCUCUUCAGCAAUGCCAACUUCUCCAUGGGGACGGCCCCGAUAUUCAUGAGGAAAGUUGUGGGCGUCAAGGGGCCCAUCAGUCUGAGCAACACCAACUACUCGGCCCACGCCCUCAUGCAGCUGGGAAGUGUCUUCUACCACGGCGCCACGGGACCCGAGUUCGAAUUCCUGCCCGAGGACCCAAGCCUCUUCGAGAUGCUGCCGGACAUGGCCAUGCAUUUUGCAGAUAUCAAUGAGAAGAAGGGCGGACGACUUGAGGAAGUUCUCUGUGGACACCAGGAAGGUGAUCAUCAAGACCAUUGGCCAAAGGUACGACUUUGUCAAGCGAAUGACCAGACAGAAGAUUCAGGAGAUCUUCUCCGUCAUGAUGGAGUUGGAU